AUGUCUCUGGAGGAUUCAGUCCUUAUAAAUCCAGAGAACAGCAGCGUUUCGGUUUUGAAUGUUUCCCGAGUGUUUUGGGACUCCACGGGAGAGCGGGACCAGUACGACGUCUGGCUCCCCGGCAUCGGGAUCGCCGCUGUCUACGGACUCAUCAUUGUCGUGGGUCUGGUGGGAAAUGUCACUCUGAUGAAGACUUGUCUGUCGGUGAAGUCCAUGCGCACCGUGCCAAACCUGUUCCUGUCCAGUCUGGCUCUGGGGGACCUGCUGCUGCUGGUGACCUGCGCGCCGGUGGACGCCAGCCGCUACCUGGUGGACGAGUGGCUGUUCGGCCGCGUCGGAUGCAAACUGAUCCCGUUCAUCCAGCUCACCUCGGUGGGAGUCUCCGUGUUCACCCUCACCGCUCUCUCCGCUGACCGGUACAAAGCCAUCGUCAAACCGCUGGACAUUCACAGGUCCAGCGCUCGACUCGGCGUCUGUCUCCGAGUGGGGGCCAUCUGGCUGCUCUCUGUGGCUCUGGCCAUUCCCGAAGCCGUCUUCUCUGACCUGCACACCUUCACCACCAGCCACGCCAACGAGACGUUUGUCACCUGCGCGCCCUACCCCCACGCCGGGGAGCUGCACCCGAAAAUCCACUCCACCGCCUCCUUCCUCGUCUUCUACGUCAUCCCACUCUUCAUCAUAUCCGUGUACUACUGCUUCAUCGCUCACAGUCUGGUCAGGAGCUCCGUGGACAUCCCUGCUGAGGGACACCUGCACCUCCAGAGACAGAUCAAGUCCAGAAAGCGUUUGGCCAAAACUGUGCUGGUGUUCGUUGGCUUGUUUGCUGUCUGCUGGCUGCCCAGUCAUGUGAUCUACCUGUACCGCUCCUACCACUACGGCCAGGCGGACACCUCCCUGGCCCACUUCAUCGCCAGCGUGUGCGCUCGCAUUUUGGCCUUCACCAACUCCUGCGUGAACCCAUUUGCCCUCUACCUGAUGAGCAAAAGCUUCAGAAAACACUUCAAAAAGCAGCUGCCGUGCUGCUCUUCUCCCAGACGGCUGGACAGUCAGAACAGCCGGAGUACAAAUAUAACCACUGUCUGAAAGCAGGUGUCACGACACCUGGGCUUAAUACGGACUGGAGCCAUGUUAACCAUCUUUGCCCACAUUGUUUUCAGCAGAUUUCAGUAAUUUCUUACUAAUGCUAAAUUCUCAUUUACCUUUUUGACCAAACAAAAUACUGUCGCAUUUUCAGCUUACUAUCUAGUCGAAGUCGUGGAAAUAAGAGGUGAAGCAGGAAGCCUCAAAGCUUCUGUCAGAAACACUUCAUCACUGAUUCAAAGUCAAAUAACUGUUGGUUGACAGACAAAAGCGAUCACUGCACACGGAAAUUUGCUCGCUGUUGCUUGAGAUGAACAUAUUGAUGUUCACCGACAAAUAAAUGUCAAAAAGCCUUGAUAGGUAGUACGUUUUCUCUGUAUACUCCGUGUAGAUGUGAACUGAAUGUUUGAUCGUUUAUCAUUCAUGGUUAACAUGACAAAAAAAAAGGGAAGAUUUGAUCAGCUGUCAUUUUCAGUGUAAACCACGCAUGAACAGCUUGACAUUCACUUUUUUUGUGCGUGUUUCUAUCUGCACUGAGCCGUUAAAAAAGAUGAGGUAUGUUGCAGGUAGAGCAGAAGGUCCCUCUGACAUUUGAGGGUUUGAUGGUUGUAAAAUAUUCAAAGUGAACAGAAAGAUAUUAUUGGCCACAUUAGACUGUUUGUCGAAUGUUAAGUUUCUACAAUUGUCACAUGUCACAUACUGUGUACAUACAGAUGUUUCUGUUAAACUGUGUGUGUUAGUUAAUGGUGUGUUGGUUGGUCGACUUUACUUCAACCUAUGUACUGUACACAUGAACACAUGUCAGCAGCUGUUUGUUAUUUCUUAAUACUGUGAUGUAAUAUUUAGGGCUGCAAUUAUUUACAUUAUCAAUUAAACUAUCGGUUAUAUUUAAGAAAACAUGUCAGAAAACAAUCACAACUUCCCAAAGCUGGAGGUGACAUCCAGGAAGUAACUGUGAAUAUUUUGCAUUUUAGCAAUGCUGGCUAGAAAAUGCUAGCAUACUAACAUGCUAAGAUAGUAAACAUGAUUAACGGUACACCUGCUGAACAUCAGUAUGUUAGCAUUGUAUCCUGGUUAAGUUCAUGUAAACGCACUCAAUGUGAGCAUGCUAGCAUGCUGACAUUAGCAUUGCUCAAAGUCGAUUAGAAUUUAGCACGAAGCACGACUGUGCGUGCAUACAGCCUCACAAAGACGCGAGCACGGCUGUGAACUCUUAGGUGUGUUUGUUGAUAAAUGAAAUGAAAUUUUUUUUAAAGUAAUUGAUCUUUCAUUUUCUGUCGACUGACUCUUGUGUUGUUGAUAGCAUUUUAACAGUGGAGACACAAUU